UUAUGACACGAAACCUAACCUGACCUAACCUCAAACUUUACGUCAUUCACAAAGAGCUUUGGAUCUGUCGAAGAGAUUUAUACUCGUCGUUAAGAUACGAGGAAGAAUCGUAAAGUUUGAACAGUGUCUCGCAACGUCAAGUUUGCGCCAGUCCGUGACUUCCAUAAAUUUCGGUGAAAAUUGAGCGAAAAAGAUCGAGAGAGACAUCCUAAACGAGAGGAGAGAAAAAAAGAGCGGGCUUUUACAUCCCAUUCGUUAUGAUGUCGCGUUCGCUGUACUUUUGAACGAAUAGGAAAUCCCAAGCGGUGUCGCGGACGAUGUUUUGUUGUCUGAGAAACUGCUUCGACGGCCUCGGCUUCGCCGCGACUCAGCCCCCGAAGCGGGAGCGAAAUCCCAUCGCUCUAGACACGACUCAUAUGGGAAAUGAAGUAGUAAUAGUGAAAAAUGGUCUAAGGAUAUGCGGAAGUGGUGGUGCCUUAACAAAUGCUCCUCUUGUCCAGAGCAAAAGUUAUUUUGAAGUAAAAAUACAGCAAGGUGGUAUAUGGGGUAUUGGACUGGCCAGGAGGGACACGGAUCUCAAUGUUGCCAUUGGAGGAAAAGACUUGGAAAGUUGGGCGCUUAAUUCAGAUGGUAUUAUAAGACAUAACGAGCAAGAACUCCACAAGAUUCAAAAUCCUGUACAGGAAGGGGAUGUCAUUGGAGUAUCGUAUGACCAUAUAGAGUUGAAUUUCUAUUUAAAUGGGGAAACCAUGAAUGCUCCAGUUAUAAAUAUAAAAGGACGAGUUUAUCCAAUAUUAUAUGUGGAUGAUGGAGCCAUAUUAGAUUUAAUUCUGGAAAAUUUUACCUAUUCUCCACCAAUGGGCUUUGAGAAAAUAAUGUUGGAACAAUCGUUGCUUUAGCAGAAUGACAGAAAAUGAAAUGUGAAGAAAAUGAAAUAAUUAUUGUAUUGUCAAAAUUUAUAUUAUUCGUCCAUUUCACAAUUUUAAUCAUUGGAACUAAGAAUAAUUAAGCAUAACAAAUUUCAAAUAGAGGAAGACGCUACAAUGGCAUAGUGUUAAGAAACAAUGUCACAAAGUAUAAAUGUCAUAAUAAUUGCAUAAUGCGUGGAUGUAUUUAAACGAAAUGCGUGGAAUAAGUAAUUUGCCUAAUAUUAUAUGAGAAUAUAUUUUUUGAGUCAUACAGAAGGAAGAGACUUAUAAUAAAGAUAGAUUUUACAUAACUGAAAGAAUUCUUCGGAUUUAUUAAAAUUAAAAGGUUUACAACAUUAAUCAAAUGGAUUAGAUUCAGUUCUAUUUCGAUCUGCGCGACGUCUAUCUUACAAUACAAUAUCUGUAUACCUUUAUUUGUAUAAUUGUAUAAUAAUAGAUGUAAUUACACAUAAAUAUGUGCUUUGUAUACAUGAUUUAUUGAUCCUUAGAUAACUAAUGGUAUGAUAUAUACAAUGACUUAAAUAAGGUACCGACGGCUUUAGGCCUAUUGUUCGCUUCGUUAGGCUAGUGUCAUGGCGUUUCAUUAACUAUC